AAGCCCCUGGUCCCGCCUCCUCAGGGGCGGUGCGGGCGGGACCGGUACCGGCGCCGUCACUUCCUGGGCCGGAAGGUUCCAGAGGUUCCACGGGGAGCCGCCAUGGCCGUGGCGCGGGAGGAGUUGCAGAAAGAUUUGGAAGAGCUUAAAGAACUGCUUACGAAUGCCACUAGGAAGCGGGUGCGUGAUGUCCUUGUGGCAGAGAAACAAAAGCUGGAGCUGGAAAUCAAGAAUCAGCCUCUGCCGAAGCCAAAAGAUGUGGCAGAGGAAGAAAAAUCGUCGCUGGGAGGGUACACAGUGAAAAUAAACAAUUAUGGUUGGGAUCAGUCAGAUAAGUUUGUUAAGAUUUACAUCUCUUUAAAUGGUGUCCAGAAGCUUCCAGCUGAGAAUGUGCAGGUGAAUUUCACAGAGAGGUCAUUUGAUCUUCUAGUGAGGAAUCUGAAUGGGAAGAACUACACCAUGACCUUCAACAACCUCCUGAAGCCCAUCUCUGUGGAAGGCAGCUCUAGAAAGAUAAAGACAGACAUGGUCCUUGUGAUGUGUAAGAAGAAGCGGGAGGAAAAAUGGGAUUGUCUCACUCAAGUGGAAAAAGAAAGCAAAGAGAAAGAGAAGGCUGCCUAUGACACCGCAGAUCCUAGUGAAGGGCUAAUGAACAUUUUAAAAAAGAUGUAUGCGGAAGGGGACGAUGAGAUGAAGCGCACCAUCAAUAAGGCCUGGGUUGAAAGCAGAGAAAAGCAGUACAAAGGGGACAUACCAAUGGAUAUCUGAAAGUACUCUAAGGGCCGCCUUAAAACUGAUCUUCCAUGUGAGACAUGCUGUGCUGCAAAGAUCAUCGUUUACAUAACCUUCUUCCAAGCAAAGACAGUCAUUUUCCAUUUCAGGUUGGAGAAAAUAUUUAAAUAAAAUAGCUUAUAAAGCAUUUCCUUCA